AUGGCUGCCAAAAUGUUUGAGUUCAUCGGCAAGUUUGGCCUGGCCUUAGCUGUUGCAGGAGGCGUGGUGAACUCUGCCUUAUGUAGUGUGGACGCUGGGCACAGAGCUGUCGUAUUUGAACGAUUCCAUGGAGUACGGGACAUUGUGGUAGGGAAAGGGACUCACUUUCUCAUCCCAUGGUUACAGAAAUCAAUGAUCUUUGACUGCCGUUCUCAACCAUGUAAUGUGCCAGUCAUCACUGGUAGCAAAGAUUUACAGAAUGUCAACAUCACACUGCGCAUCAUCUUCCGGCCCGUCGCUAGCCAGCUUCCUCACAUCUUCACCAGCAUCGGAGAGGACCAUCAUGAGCGUGUGCCGCCGUCCAUCACGAACAAGAUCCUCAAGUCAGUGGUGGCUCGCUUUGAAGCUGGAGAUCUAAUCACCCAGAGAGAGCAGAUCUCCAGGCAGGUGAGCGAUGACCUUACGGAGCGAGCAGACACCUUUGGGCUCAUCCUGGACGACGUGUCCUUGACAUAUCUGACCCUCGGGAAGGAGUUCAUAGAAGCGGUGGAAGCCAAACAGAUAGCUCAGCAGGAAGCAGAGAGGGCCAGAUUUGUGGUGGAAAAGGCUGAGCAGCAGAAAAAGGCGGCCAUCAUCUCUGCUGAGGGCGACUCCAAGGUUGCCGAGCUGAUCACCAACUCACUGGCCACAGCAGGGGAUGCCCUGAUCGAGCUGCGCAAGCUGGAAGCUGUGGAGGACAUCACCUACCAGCUUUUACGCUCUCGGAACAUCACCUAUCUGCGGGCGGGGCAGUCCAUGCCCCUGCAGCUGCCCCGGUGA